CUGCAGGCGUCUGUGGUGAUGGCGCGGCGCGUGGCGGUGCACCCCAAGAUAGAGGUGGUGUGGGAGCACGAGUGCAUGGAGGCGUUUGGGCGGGAGGACGGCACACUUGCCGGCAUCCACAUCCGCAACCGGCACACCGGAGAGGAAAGCGACCUCCCCGUCGGCGGCCUCUUCUUCGCCAUUGGCCAUGCGCCGGCAACCGCCUUCCUGGGGGGGCAGCUGGAGCUGGACAGCGCCGGCUACAUUGUCACCACACCCGACAGCACCGCCACGAGCGUGCCAGGCGUGUUUGCGGCGGGCGAUGUGAUGGACCGCAAGUGGCGGCAGGCCGUCACCUCGGCCGGCGCAGGGUGCAUAGCUGCCAUCGAGGCCCAGCACUUCCUGCAGUCCAACCAGGACGGCGCUGACACAAGCUUCAUAGGGCAGACCGACCUCAACGCCGCCUGGGUGGCGCAGAUGCAGCAGGAGGCGCAGGAGCGGCAAGCCAGCGGCGACAAGGCUGCGCCCGCCGCGCCAGUCCCAACCAGCGCCUGACGCUGGCGCCGAGUCGCGAGCAGCCGGGCACCGGU